AUGUGGAAGACUACGACGGUGAUCUUGGUUCUCACCAUCGGGAUAGCUCAGUUCUUUCUCUCCAACACGGUCACAGAUGUGCCGGACUUGCCGGAAACGUUCUGGGGACCGGAAAAGAAUAGAGAAGCGUCGCAGGAAAUACGGCCGUUCGUCAUCAAUGUGCCGAAAUCGAUAAUCGACGACCUAAACGAACGGCUAGCGAAGAAGAGGGAGCUCGUGGAGCCGCUGGAGAACGUCGCGUGGACUUACGGCAUCAGCACGACGUACCUGAAGGAUGUCGUCGAAUAUUGGCGCAGCAAGUACAAUUGGACCGAGCGGCAAGCGCUGCUAAACAAGUAUCCUCAAUACGUGACCAAUAUACAAGGCUUGGACAUACACUUUUACCAUGUGACGCCGAAUCUACCGAAGGAUCGAAAGCUGAAGGUCCUGCCGCUGCUGCUUCUUCACGGCUGGCCGGGCUCCGUGGUGGAGUUCCAGAAAAUGAUUCCCAUGUUGACGACACCACGACCCGAUAAGGAUUUCGUGUUCGAGGUGAUCGCACCGUCGCUUCCGGGUUAUGCGUUUUCGCAGGCAGCUGUACGACCGGGUUUAGGCCCGGCGCAGAUGUCUUUGAUGUUCAAAAACCUCAUGUCGCGCCUCGGCUUCAGCAAGUUUUACGCCCAAGGAGGAGACUGGGGCUCAAUCAUCGUUACACAUUUGAGCGGCUUAUACCCGAACAACGUUCUCGGCAGCCACAUGAACAUGUGUAUAGGCUUGAACAACAUGGGCAACAUAAUAUGGAGGUUGGUCGGCGCUGUUUUCCCAUGGCUCGUGGUCGACAGCGAGCAUUCCUCCAAGAUGUACCCUCUGGGCCAUCACUUCAGCCGGAUAAUGGAGGAAUCGGGAUACAUGCAUAUACAAGCCAGCAAGCCGGACACCAUAGGAACCGCGGUGGCGGCCUCGCCGGUGGGCUUGGCGGGAUACAUAUUGGAGAAGUUCAGCACGUGGACGAACCCGGACUACCGAUUCCGUCCCGACGGCGGCCUGCUGGAGAAGUACACUCUGGACGAGCUUCUGGACAACGUCAUGCUCUACUGGGUGACCAACUCUCUGACCACGAGCGUUCGACUUUACUCCGAGCAGUUCAACAAAGCUCACUUCAGCAGCAAGAUCGACGAAAUACCGGUCGACGUGCCAGUGGCCUGCGCGGCAUUCCCGCAUGAACUCGCCUACCAAUCGGAGAGCUUCCUUCGUGACAAGUACACUAAUAUGAUACAAUUUAACCACUUGCCGCGCGGCGGUCACUUCGCGGCGUUCGAGGAGCCGGCUCUCGUGGCGAACGACGUGUUCGAAUUUGUGUCCAAGACUGAAGACAUGCGGAAGAAGGCGGGCAAGGAUAAGGCGAACACGGAGAAGAAAAUAAAAGAGCCCACGAGGAUCUGAGGAAACCUCGCCUCGUCCGCGUGAUCUUCGAUCGACGAGAGGUCAAGUCUGCCGGCAGUUGAACGUUUCGUCGUGGAACAACGAUUUCGCCGAGCCGGCGGUGUUGCGUCUUCCAGUUUCACAACCACAUGCGAAUGGAACACAUUGAAUAAAGUUGUUUAAACCAGCGGCACACGAUGCUUGUUUUCGUGCUGGAUUGCCUGCUGGAUGAAAAUACCGCGUUCUGAUUGGUGCAUUUCCAUCCAUCUUCGAAUAUUUUCAUCCAGCAAGCAAUCCAGCACGAAAACAAGCACCGUGUGCCGCUGGCUUUACAGUUUACACAGGGAGUUUCCAGCAGAA